GAAAAGCACCGUUCCAGGCCGGGGUCCGGGCUGAGACGGAAGCACAGCCGCACAACGUUUUCGUAAACCUCGCGGUGCGUAGGCCGCUCUCUUCCUAGCGGGGCCGCCUGCCGGAGGCGGCUGGAGGCAGCCCGCGAGGGUGCGAAGGUCCCGCGGCUCGAGCGGCGGAGCGGCUCCCUCGGGGGAGGAGAAGGCGCGCUUUGAACCAGGCGCCGGGAGGCAGAGAAGGGGAGCCAUGGGGAGCCUGAAGGAAGAGCUCCUGAAGCCCAUCUGGCACGCUUUCACCGCCCUCGACUUGGACAGGAGCGGUAAAGUCUCCAAGUCGCAGCUUAAGGUCCUUUCUCACAACCUCUGCACUUUGUUGAAAGUUCCUCAUGAUCCAGUGGCCUUAGAGGAGCAUUUUAGGGAUGAUGAUGAAGGGCCUGUAUCUAAUCAGGGAUAUAUGCCUUAUUUAAAUAAAUUCAUCUUGGAAAAGGUUCAAGACAACUUUGACAAAGUUGAAUUCUAUAAAAUGUGCUGGACUCUGUGUGCCAGAAAAAAUCUCAAGAAAAGUACCUUACUCCUUACUGAUGAAGAUGCUUUUAAAGUAUGGGUCAUCUUCAAUUUUCUAUCUGAAGACAAAUAUCCAUUAAUCAUCGUGCCAGAAGAGAUUGAAUAUUUGCUUAAGAAGCUGACAGAAGCAAUGGGAUUAGGUUGGCACCAAGAACAGUUUGAACAUUAUAAGAUCAGUUUGGAUGCCAAUUGGGAAGGUCUUUCUGUUUGGGAACUGAUUGAGCUCAUUGGAAGUGGUCGGUUUAGCAAAGGGUUGGAUGGAACAACAGUUUCAAUGGGCAUUAAUGAGGUCUUCAGUGAACUUAUAUUGGACGUAUUAAAACAGGGUUAUAUGUGGAAGAAGGGUCACAAAAGGAAAAACUGGACAGAACGUUGGUUUGUUUUAAAACCAAAUGUUAUAUCCUACUAUGUUAGUGAAGAUUUAAAAGACAAAAGAGGAGACAUUGCACUGGAUGGCAACUGUACUGCAGAGGCCUUGCCCGACAAAGAUGGCAAAAAAUGUCUCUUUCUUAUAAAUAAUUCAGAGAAAUGUUUUGAGAUUAGUGCCUCUGAUAAGAAGAAGAAACAGGAGUGGCUUCAAGCCAUUCAGACAACGGUAAAUCUGCUGAAAUUAAAAAGCCCUUCACCUCAUAAAGAGGCACGCCAGAAACGGAAAGAAUUACGCCAAAAACUGCAAGCGGAACAAGCAGAACUGGAGAGACAAAUGAAAGAGCUCCAAAUAGCAAAUGAAAAUAAACAGAAGGAACUGGAAACCGUCCGAAAGCAACUAGAAGAGGCAGCCGCUCGAGCCUCAGAAGAAGAGACAAAACGUCUGCAGACUCAUAUGGAAUUACAAGAUCGAUUCAGUCUUGAACUGGAGAGAGAAAAAAUGGUAAGACAGAAAAUGGAAGAACAGGUUGCUCAGAAAUCAUCUGAGCUUGAGCAGUACUUAGUGAGAGUCAAAGAACUUGAGGAAAUGUAUAAUCAGCUACAGGAAGCUUUGGAGGAUGAGAAACAAGCCCGUCAAGAUGAGGAAACUGUCAGGAGACUUCAGGCCAGACUGCUAGAAGAAGAGACAACCAAGAGAGCAGAGUUGGAAAAGUGGCACUUGGAGCAGCAACAGGCCAUUCAGGUGACUGAGGCAGAAAAGCAAGAGUUGGAAAACCAGAGGAAAAUGAAGGAACAUGCUCUACAGGUCGCCAUGCAGCAGUUGGAAGAAUUGGAAUUAGAGAGGAAGCAAGCCUUUGAACAAUAUGAGGAGGUAAAAAAGAAAUUGGAAGCAGCAGCAAGCAAAACUAAAAAUUGGAAAGAUAGAGUAGCUCAUCAUGAGGGAUUAAUUCGAUUAAUUGAACCAG